AUGAGCAGCAUCGAAGAAGUCGUGAAUCUCAUUGAGACAUUGUACUCAGCGAACCCGGCCAUCGACGUGAACCAAAUUCAGCAAAACUUACAAGCCAUCCAAAAAUCCAAUGAUGGUAUCCAUUUAGCCAACCAGCUAUUGACUGGUGCAUCAUACAGCAAUAACGUGAAGUAUUUUGGUGCCCUUACGCUGACUGUUCAACUGAAUUUAAAUGUGGAAUCCUUCGAGACUUUCUGGAGACUCUUUAGCAGUAACUUGGUUCAUUUAAUUAGAUUAUGUGGUAUCUAUGCAAGCGAUACCCGUAGCAAUGCAUCUUUGAUGAUUGCCAUUAAGAAACUGAUGUCCAAUUUGUCAUUAAUUUUCAUUACGAUUAAUGAGACCGAACAUGUCACUGAAGACAAUAAUACACAAGUCAUUAAACAAUGGAAUAAUCCUAUCAAUACAUUUAUCCAUUUAUUUUCUGAAUAUGGAUCGAAGCAAGUGUUAGCAAAUAAUUGGACUAAUGUAGAUGAUCCAAUGAUGGCUCAGUUAUUACAACAAUCUAUCAAUUGCGAUGUUUCGUACGAUAAUCUUUUAAAAUUUGUUGCAACAUCCCAAACGUUUAACGAAUUAACAUUAACUUUCACAGAGAUUAUUAUUGAAGAUCUUACAAAAUACCAAUCGAAAAAGCAUAAUGUUACCAGAGUUCACGAAAUGGUUCAUGAACGUCUAUAUAUUUCGACCAUGGCCUUAUUAAAUAUCAAUAUUACACUGGAACUGAACCACAUCCAUAACAUUACAAAAUUACAACUUAGUGACAGUGUAUUCAAAUGUACUUAUGCUUGGAUCAACUAUAUAUCAAUGACGAGACAUAUGUCCUCAGUCACAUCUAUGAGUUUGUCAGAAAUCUUUCAAAAUUUAAUGAACUUAAUGUGUCAAUCAUCAGAUCAAACAGACAAUUUUUACAUUGCAGAAAAAGUAUUAUCUAUAUUUGGUAAUGUUUUUGCAAAUGACCCAACAAUGAUGAGUUUCGAUUUAAGACAGCAGAUUGAAGUAAUUUUCUUAGGAAUCUCUCGUACCUCGAAUACCAACGUCGAUACCUCCAAGAAUGCAUGGAUGCUACAAUAUAUGAAUUAUCUAGUGACCAACGAAAUGACUGAAGAGUUGAAAGAAUUGGCCAUCUGUAUUGUCGAUUAUCUACAAAUCAGUAAUUUAGAUGUUUGUAACAAACUAUUCAGCUCCGUCCAUUCAAAUGAUUAUAACAUCUCCCAAGAAUAUAUCAAAGUAUUACUUCAAAUGACAAAUUUUCCUUUAACACCCGUGUUACAAGAAUUUUUUUCAGUAAGAAUGGUCGAUUUUUGGGCCGAUUUGGCAGAUUCUUAUGUGAAUCUACCAAAUGAGGCAUUGCUGCCUAACUCGACUCAAAUUGGAAUUGAUAUUUUCCAACAAGUCAUUAAUAUCUACUUGCCCAAAAUUUCGUUACAAAAUAAACAAAAGAUCAUUGAGGAAGAUGCGCAAGAUGAAUCUGCCAUUCACGAAUUUGAUGAUUUUAGAAGCGCUGUAAUAGAAUUAAGCCAAAACUUAUGGAGUAUUUUGGGCAACGAACACUUGACAAAUAUGCUCGUUGGUGGUAUUGGGUCAUCUGAUGCAUCAACUUUACCUGAAGAUGGCAAAAUGUCUGUGUAUUAUCAAAUCGAAGCAAUGUCAUUUAUAGCAGACGCGCUAAUGUCUGACAUGAACCUUUCAGAGAGUCCAUGGAUUUUGAAUAUUUUGCGUAAGAAUCCAUAUUUUGUGCGUAACAUACUACUCCUGUUCCAAAUUAGCAUUCAAAUGGCAGUUACAAGUAAAGCUGUUAGUAUAUUAAAAAUAAAUAUGGUACGUUCUAGCUCCAAAAUGAUUGGUACUUUAGCUGGAUACUUGACAAGCAAUGAAGCAGACUUGAGUCAAUGUAUCCAAACUCUCUUCCAAGGGUUGGAAUCUUGUUCUGCAGAACUUUCGGCUAAUAAGGAUGUAUAUGAUAAAGUUGAAAUCAUGAUUAUAAAGACAAUAUCAAUCAUAUGUGACACUUGUCGUCAACAACUGUCCGUACAGUAUUUAGACCAUUUCAUUGGUGUAUUUUCUUCAUUGCUACAACCGACAGCGACAGUUUCUGGAUUUACAAGAAGCACAUUAGCCAAAUCUGUUGGUUACAUUAUUGAAUGUCGCGUUCAAAACGGACCAGAAGAGCAAGGUAAGUAUAUAGUUCAGAUUCUAGAUAUGAUUGAAGAUUUAAUAGAUCAAUGCUUGGAUUCUCCAGUUAAUAUUCAACAUGAACGUAAAGAUUACAUCCUAAACUUAUUAAAUUGUAUAUCUGAAUUUGGAUCCGCAAUGAUCCAUGAUGAGGAUUAUGAAUCUACAGCGUUAAUCCAAAUGUUACAACAGUACCAUGAAUUUUGGCAAAAUGACCCGUUCCAGUGUCGUGUUAAACUAUUGAAUUUGAUAGAAAGAAUUUUGGGUAGCCCUGUGUUUAAUAAAGAUUCCAGUUUUGUAGAGGUUUGUUGCUUGAUCUUAGGUAAAGCGUUGACUCUACCAGACGACGACCCUCAUUUCUUGAGAUAUUCGAUGUCUGAUAUAAUAAACGUAAUGUUGAAAUACGUUCAAGUUAUUGAGCUAUCAACCUCCCUUCCUUAUUUUAUCUACCUAUUAGAAAGACUUGUCAUUCAAUUUAAAACACAAUUUAGUGUAGAGGAAUUUGAUUACUUAUUUAAUGAGUUAUUCAUUAAAUAUUAUAAUGCCUUGAUCGGAAGAGAUCCAGAUUUACUACAAAUGAUGAUAAAUUUUGUGAUAACAGUUCUUGAUAAAGCACCACAUCUGGUUCUCAAUAGUAAAUGUUUACCGGGAUUCAUCAUUCCACAAUGUUUAAAACUACUACCAUCUAAUGAAAAGUUUACCAUUGUUGCAGUAACUAAAUUCUGGACUAAGUUGAUUAAUAAUCGAAAAUAUUCCCAAGCAGACCUUGCUAACAUGCAAUCGCUUAUUAUGGUACAAGGCCAGGAGCUGGUGUACCAGACAAUGUAUGGUCUAUACCAUACUCAAAGAUCUGACCUAAACUCUUACACAGAUUUAAUCAGAGGACUAGUAGCGAAAUUUCCAAUGGAGACUAAAGAAUGGCUCAUUAGUGCGUUACCGCAGAUAUGUGAUAAACCUACCAUUCAUGAAAAAUUCGUCAAUAGACUGUUUGUUACAAGAGGGAGUCGGGCUGCUGGAAAUGUUAUUUUAACUUGGUGGUUGGAGUGUACGGCAUUACCGUCAUACUGA